AUGCCGAACACCUCCUCCUCGGUCCCGUUCCUGCUCAGCAGCAGUAUGCAGAGCAUACGAUCGCGCCGGCCGAGCGCCGCAUUGGGCGGAUCGCAAGGCGGCAGCGCUCAAGGGCUGCUCUCGCAACUGGGCAGCGGCAUGGUGAGCAGAUUAGGGGGCAGCGGGGGCGGCAUGCACCUCCACCAACACCAGCAACAGCAGGGGCAGGGGUUCAGGAAGUGCCCUUCGUUGAAUAUCACGUUCAGUUGA